AUGAGCCAAGUCUUGCGCAGAGCUAAACACGCACUUAGCGUCAAGCGAUACCAAUCUCUCUUGAAUCAGUAUGCAGCGACUCAGUCAAUCUCCAAAACCAAGGCUUUACACUGCCACGUCAUCACCGGAGGUCAAAUCUCCGGCCACAUUACGUCGACUCUCUCCGUGACUUAUGCUUUAUGUGGUCACAUUGCUUAUGCACGGAAGCUGUUCGAGGAAAUGCCUCAAAGCUCUUUGCUUUCUUAUAACAUUGUUAUAAGAAUGUACGUGCGUGAUGGAUUGUAUCAUGACGCGGUUGAUGUGUUCAUUAGGAUGGUUAGUGAGGGAACUAAGUGUGUUCCUGAUGGUUAUACGUACCCUUUUGUUGCUAAAGCUGCUGGAGAGUUGAAAUCGAUGAAAUUAGGGUUGGUAGUUCAUGGGAGGAUCUUGAGGAGUUGGUUUGGUACUGAUAAGUAUGUGCAGAACGCGUUGUUGGCUAUGUAUAUGAAUCUUGGGAGGGUUGAAAUGGCGAGGAUGGUGUUUGAUGUGAUGCAGAACCGAGAUGUGAUCUCGUGGAACACGAUGAUUAGUGGGUAUUAUAGGAAUGGGUAUAUGAAUGAUGCUUUGAUGAUCUUUGAUUGGAUGGUUAAUGAAGGUAUUGAUCCUGACCAUGCCACAAUUGUUUCCAUGUUGCCUGUUUGUGGUCACUUGAAGGAUUUGGAAAUGGGAAGAAAUGUUCAUAAAUUGGUGGAAGAGAAGCGGUUAGGGGAUAAAAUAGAGGUGAAGAAUGCGUUGGUGAACAUGUACUUGAAAUGUAGUCGAAUGGAUGAGGCGAGAUUUGUCUUUGACAGGAUGGAGCAUAGGGAUGUGAUCACAUGGACUUGUAUGAUUAAUGGAUAUACAGAAGAUGGGGAUUUGAAUAAUGCUUUAGAGUUGUGUAGAUUAAUGCAGUUUGAAGGUGUAAGACCUAAUGUUGUUACUAUAGCCUCUCUUGUUUCGGCAUGUGGUGAUGCUUUGAAGCUGAAUGAUGGUAAAUGUUUGCAUGGUUGGGCAGUAAGGCAAAAGGUUUAUUCUGAUUUGAUAAUGGAAACAUCUUUGAUCAGCAUGUAUGCUAAAUGCAAUCGCAUAGACCUCUGCUUUAAAGUAUUUUCAGGGGCUUCAAAAAGCCAUACUGGUCCUUGGAGUGCAAUUAUUGCUGGUUGUGUACAGAAUGAACUUGUAAGGGACGCGUUACAUCUGUUCAAAUGGAUGCGACGGGAAGAUGUAGAACCCAACAUUGCUACAUUAAACAGUCUCCUUCCAGCAUAUGCAACUUUGGCAGAUUUGCGCCAAGCAAUGAAUAUCCAUUGCUAUCUAACCAAAACCGGGUUUAUGUCAAGCCUUGAUGCUGCUACAGGGCUGGUUCAUGUUUACUCAAAGUGUGGAACUUUGGAAUCCGCUCACAAGAUAUUCAAUGGAAUCCAGGAGAAACACAAGAGCAAAGAUGUAGUUCUAUGGGGUGCUUUAAUAUCUGGCUAUGGGAUGCACGGUGAUGGUCAUAACGCAUUGCUAGUUUUCAUGGAAAUGGUUCAGUCUGGUGUGAUGCCAAACGAAAUCACGUUUACCUCUGCCUUAAACGCUUGUAGUCAUUCCGGUUUAGUUGAAGAAGGCGUGACGUUAUUUAGGUUUAUGCUUGAACAUUAUAAAUCGGUCGCUCGAUCAAACCAUUACACUUGCAUCGUUGAUCUCCUUGGUCGAGCAGGUCGGUUAGACGAAGCUUAUAGUGUCAUUACAACAAUUCCAUUUGAACCGACCUCAACUGUUUGGGGUGCAUUGCUUGCUGCUUGUGUCAUGCACGAGAAUGUCCAGCUUGGAGAAAUUGCAGCAAACAAGCUGUUUGAGCUUGAGCCAGAGAACACGGGGAAUUACGUGCUGUUGGCAAAUAUGUAUGGAGCUUUAGGACGAUGGAAAGAUAUGGAGAAGGUGAGAAACAUGAUGGAGGAUGUUGGAUUGAGAAAGAAACCUGGUCAUAGCACAGUCGAGAUGAGAAGUAAUUUAGGUUGAUAUAGUAUGAGAGAUUCAAAGAAGAGAUUCCUAGAUAAUUUUUUUGGUCAAAUGAUCAUGAAUGUAACAGAAAUAUAUGUGUCUAUUACAAUUUGCAAGUGUUGUUCAUACAUAUACAUGGACGAAAUCAACAAAUGGUUUGUAAAUGCACAACAAUGAUAGAUUGAGAAUCUGAAACCGUUAACUC